UUAUAGAAUGUUUUAAAUGUAAAUUGCAAGAUAUCAGCCGUUACAUCCCCCAAUCAUUGUCUUAUUUACUUAAUCACGUCAUGUUGCUCUCUAUAUAUACACUAAUCAAAUUACCAAAUCUUAUUACAAUUACUUCCUAAUCAUAUCUUUUGAUCACAAAAACACAAAACACAAUUAUAUACCCACUAAUAAUGGCAACUCAAAGCUCUUAUUUUCCUAAGAUCAUCUUCUUUGUGUUUACAUUAUGUUGCUUCAUUAGCAACUCUAAUGCUCGAUUAUUGUCCGAGAAAUUAACUUGGAAACGACUACUAACCGUAGAUCAAUCAGGCGGAGGUAAGUUCAAAACAAUACAAGACGCAAUUGAUGCGGUUCCUUCUAACAAUGUAGACGUUACACUAAUCCUAGUUAUGCCCGGAACGUACAAGGAAAAAGUUACCGUACCCGAAGAUAAACCCUUUAUAAUACUUAGUGGUAGAGAUGUUUUAAAUACUACUAUUACAUGGGAUGAUAGUGGUGAUAUAUACACGUCUCCUACUCUCUCCGUCUUUGCUUCUGAUUUUAUGGCUCGAUACCUUACCAUCGAGAAUACAUAUGGGCCGGGGGCGAAAGCAGUUGCCUUGAGGGUUUCGAGCGAAAGGGCAGAGUUUUAUGCAUGUAGAAUAACAUCAUAUCAAGACACACUUUUGGAUGAGGGAGGGAGUCACUUCUAUAGCAAUUGCUAUAUUGAAGGAGGAACUGAUUUCAUUUGUGGCAAUGCAGCUUCUCUAUUCCAAGUAUGUAACAUUAUACUAUAA